UCAUGGAAAUACCUAAUAGUCUGUGUUGUGUCGCAACUACACCCGAAGAAAAUGAUUGCCUUCUGGUACUCCGUUGCCUUCCUCGCAUGUGUUGACUUCGGUCACGUGAUAUUUGUGCCAAGGCGUUACAGCUGUCACUUGGGCAUCACGGGGGCCACGAUGUUGAUGCAGAUCCCGCUACUUCUAGCUUGCCUCUUCACUUGGGAAUGUGUUAGAAGCCAGAACGAUCAGAUUGCCUGGAAUGCAUCACAAAGGGACAAGGGUUUCUUCCUCAUGAAACGAUCUGUCUUUUACAAGGAUGAAAAUAAAUGUGUCUACCUGAUCAAGAGACGCAUAAUAAGCCACAGACAAAAGAUUGAAGCGCAUUACGGUUUCUGGAACGGAGACCACUACUCAGAAGAGCCCUGCGUCAUGCAAGCCCCUCCUGGGGGCAAUGGAACUGUUGUGUACGUUUCAUCACCCAUACUUGGCGGGGAAGAGUGCAUGAUGUGGACGCCAGUAGAGUUCGCAAAUGAUACUUUGGCAGACUGGGAGCAGAACUACAAGAACCUGAACUGCACGACAGAAGAAGAGCCCUAUAAGGAUGGCAUGAAAGAAAAGGGUUGUUGCCCCUUACCAGUCGUAUGCGCUUCGUAA